GGGGGGGCGAGACGUGCGAAGCGGACGUGCAGACGACGCAUGUCGCGUGAUCGGAUCCACCGUCGCUUGGCAGCGCAUCGAUCGUUUCGCCCUCGCUAGCUACAGUCUGUGCCCCUCGACCGUUUCGCCCUCUCUAGCUACAGUCUGUGCCCCUCGACCGUUUCGCCCUCGCUAGCUACCGUCUGUGCCGCACCCGUUCAAGUCAGACACAUGGCCGGCAUCGGCGCCGCCCUCGCCCUCAACGGAAUAUGGACGAUCGUAUGCCAGCUCGCUGGCGCGCGCGUACCAAGUCCUCACGGCCGGCUGGGUGGCGGUGUGGACGCUGCUCCCGCUCCUCCGGCCGCUCCUGACGGCCGUGGAGAGCCGACGCCGACGGGCUAUAUCCUGUGCAGCGGGGGUGGGUGCUGGCACUCGCAACGGUGGUGACGAUGAACUCGUCCCUGCUCAUGGGUAGUGUCAACGACAGCGCACCGGAUCGCACAGCGCUUGGCGGCGUGAAUGGGAUCAGCACGGCUGUGGGAUGUAUGGCGCGCGUCGUGGGGCCUAGAGGAGAGACUGGAGAGACGGAACAGGCGAAAGUGGACGGCAUCGACAACUACACCACGCGCCUGCUUUGCGGAAAUGCGGAAUCAUGUCGUCGUCAUUGCGGACUAGUCUGGCCGGCUAGCAACCAAUCAGCGCUGACGUCGCAGCUCUUGGCCAUAUCCAAUGUCAUCGAAUGUUCUUGGGGGCCGGUUGUGGUGGUGUUUAUGGUCGGCAUGUCGGCCGUCAACCUCGCUUCGGCCAUGCCAUGCGUAUUUCGGACAAGCGAGCGUGACCGAUGGUUCAAGUAAGCAGGCCAAGCAGGCGAUUAGGCGAUGCAGGUGAUCAAGGUGAUGUCAAUCCCGAGAGAAAAAG